AUGGACAUGGAUAAUCCCUACAUGCAAACUAUAUAUAGACAAGUAGUUACUGAAAAUUUUCAAUCAAAGGAAUGGAAGGAAAUUUUAGUUAAUCCUGAAGGUGUUUCAGCAACCUUCCAUGAUGAAAACACAUUACCACGAUCCGGUGGACACUGCUUCAAAGAUAUUCCUAAUCGGUUUAUAUAUUGGCGAGUUUUGUGUGAUAAACUUGAAUUGGUUGAACAUAGUUUAGAUAUAAAUCUUACUGAGAACCAAGUUCGUAUACAGUUUCGUGAUUCCCCAAUAUUGGAUAGUGGAAUCUCUAUACAUGAGACUUCAGAGUCUGUUGUAUUAUUAGUACCUACAGCAUAUAGUUGUCACCGGUUGACAUUUCCACGUCCAAGUCGUGUUAGAUAUGUGGAUAAUAAUAUUGAAAAUGAAAAUGUUCUUACUGAUGCAUCAAUUUUUUCAAAUUUCAAUGUACCAUCAAUUGAUGACCCAGCAAUAUUUUAUUCAUAUAAUGCUGAACAUAGUGAUCCAUAUAUAGCUGCUUCUUGUUUAGAUCAAAAACAUGAUGCUAUUUUUAUUAUAGCAUUGAAAAACAACAUUAUGCUUUAUAUACGCAUUGAAUAUAUUUCUGGACUUACCACUCAAAAAAAAAUUUGUCAAGAAUCUACUGCACCUAGAAUGCUGUCAAAUAUAACUAAAAUGUUUACAGCUCAUAUAGAAAAUCCAGUUAUCGAUAGCCUGGCCAUACAUCCAUUUCAACAUGAUAUAUAUAUAUAUUCUCUUGAUAAUGCUUGUGAAUUGAAAGUUUGGUCUAUUGAGAAAUCUGUUUAUAUUUAUAUAAUGGAUAUGAAAAAAACGUAUUUAGGUUUAGUGGACAGUGGUUCAAGACCACAUAUAAUUUACAAAUGUGCAGAUGAUCAAUUUUUACUCACUGUAUACCUUAGUUUGUCGGAAGGUUCAAAAUUUCUAAUCUUUGAACCAUGUAUUGACUAUGGCAGGUUUAAACUCCAACAAAAGUUUUAUAUAUGUUCACCCAUGAACAGUAGACUAGUCAAUAUGGCGUUAUAUGGUAAUGAAAUUUGGUGUAUUUGGAGAACUGGAAAGGAUAUUGCUUGUAUUAAGUCUGUGAAUAUCAAGAAUGGCAACUGGAAAAACUGCAACUUGGAUACUACAAAUUUUGAACAAUAUUCUCAAUAUUUAUCAAAUCCAAAGCAAACAUAUUUGGAUAAAAUAUUUUCAUCAUUAACUUAUUUUACUGAAGAAGAUUUGAAAAAUGCCAUUGCUGUUUAUGAUACAUCUGAUAAUUUUGAAUGUAUUACUGAUUACCAUUCAAAGAUAAGUAAUGUCAUCGAUAAAAAGAUUUCUCAAGAAAUGGAUAAAUAUGACUCAACAGAUGUAAAGUCACAAUUACAAAUCGUUGAACAGUGCAGCGCUAAUUUUUAUAAAAGUUGUUUAGAUUAUCGUCGUAAGAGACUAACUCCUCUUGGAAUUAUUUGGCUGGGUCCACCAUCCUUUUUACUAGUUUUGGUUACAAAUUCAAGUUUUUGCUUUUUACGGCCUACAGAUUACAUUGAAAACAAAAUAUUUUCAUCAAAAUUUCAUGAAUCCAAUACUGAAUUUAAUGGUUUACUUAAUAUGCUGAUACCUGAAUCAAAAAUUAAUUUUAACAUGUUUUUUGACAUAAAUAUGCCCCAAAAUAAGUUAUUAGAACUGGUUAAAAAUGUGUAUACAUUUGAAAACAGUGAUCCAAAAAUAAUAUCAUUUUUAAAUAAUACCCAUAUUCGUUCAUUAAUCCGAAUGAUGUAUGGUAAUCAUGAGGAAUAUAAAAGUAUGCAAAGUAACCAAUAUUCAAAAUAUUUCAGAAGUAAAUUGGGGGCCAGUGUUAUUUCUCAUAGUUUCCAUCAAAUGAUUGUUACUCGUUUUGAAAUGUCUUGUAGAUUAUUUACUUUAAUGGAUAUGCAUUCUAAAUUUUAUGGACAGGCCAAAGAAUUUGUAGAUGCCAAAAACCUAGUAUUUAAUUAUUGGAUCCAGGCAUUAUUUUCACAUGACAUAAAAUUAUGUAAAAAACUACUUGUGACUAAUAAAUGUCUGGCUAGAGAACCAUUUAUGAACUAUAUUGAUAGCUUAUUAAGUUAUACAUGGACACUUACUGAUAGAUCUAGUCUUGUACAAUUUUUGUUACAGGAAAGACAAUACAAUUUCAUACAACAGAUGGCUCAAUUAUUGGAUUAUAAACAAUGGGAAGAAACUUUGGUAACUUCAUAUAUGUUAAACAAUGAACCAGAUAAAGCGCUUGGUAUACUAAAAAAUGAUGUUCAUAAAAGUUCAGAAUAUUAUCUCAGAUGGAUCACUCAGUUUGAAAAACACAAUUACUAUGAUCAUGCAGUACAACUUGGAAAUUAUGUAUUAGACAUAUUUGCUUGUUCUGAAAAUCAAAAUAUGUUAUCAAUAUUUCAUUCUAAUAUUUUUCUUAAUAAUCUAAAACGGAAAGCAUACAAAAAUGCAUAUACCAAUAUUUUAUGUUUAAAUAACCAAGAUCAGAAAUUGAAUUGUUUACAUACAUUCCUGUUGACAUUAUUAGAAAAUGGCGAACAAGUAAAACUACUAAGUUUUAAUUUUUCUGGUUUACAGAGUUCAGUGGAGGACAUAGUUCUAAAAAAGGCACGGUCUUUGUCAAAUUUAGGUGCAGCUCCUUUUUAUACGUUCUUAUGUGCACUACACAACAAAUAUUUCAAAUACAAAAAACUUGCCAUAACAUUUUAUGAACUUUAUUUACGUGCUGAAACGUGUAUUGCCCAAGAAGAAAAUUUAAGACUAUCUCUUUUAUAUUUAAGAACUGUUAAUCCCAAAGAUGCUUGGUUUGUUGCUGCAAAAUUACCCUAUUUUUCAAAGACUAAUGAUAUUCAAACAGGAGUUAUAAAAAUCAAACAUCUGACUAAACUGUGUUGGUUAGCCCGUGCUCGUCAAUCAGUAGAUGAUUCUGCAACCACCUUGGAUGUACAGAGUGCAGUAUCAGUAUUAAUAAGGAAACAUCAAUAUAAAGAAGCCAUGUAUUUGUCUAAAAUUUGGAAUUUACCCCUUCACUUUCCAUUAAGAAAAUUAGUAAAAACAUGUUUAACUCUUACUAACCCUGAGGAAUGUGAUAAAGCAAGGAUUUGGUUAGCUAAAAAUGAAAUUAAUGAUAAUGAAAUAAAUUGCAAGAAAAUUGUAUGGGAUUUUUUGGAGACUUUAGUAAACAGAUAUGAAGAAAAAGAAAAAACAUUAUUGCACUAUCAUGUGGCUGACGAACUACUGGAACAUAAAGCUUCUCUUCCUGAUUGGCUUAUAAGAAAAUAUAAAAAAAUUAAUGUUAGUGAAUUGCUACAAUUAUACUUAAGUUAUGGGGAACUGAUUAAUUGUUCAGGUUUAAUAUUUGAACUAAUCGAAGAAGAAAUGGCUGGUGAUUCAAAUAGUGUAUAUUCAUUUGGUAAAAUAAUACCAUCAGACCUUAUAGAAUGUGUAAUUGCAAAUUUAAAACAUCAUAAAUUACACAAAAUUGGAGAUGAUCUUUUAAGUAGCUAUAAAUUGCUUUAUGAUAAUAUUGUCACACGUUAG